AUGGGCGGUUAUCUCUUCCCGGAAAUUGCCCGCCGACGAAGUGCAUUCCUUGAGGCCAACCCUGAAGCGAAAAUUAUCUCUCUGGGCAUCGGCGACACCACUCAGCCUAUCCCUCCCCACAUCCUCUCCGGCCUCGUGCACGGGGCGUCCAAGCUCGGCACCCCGCCGGGCUAUUCUGGGUACGGACCCGACCAGGGCGUGAAGGACCUGCGGGAGAAGAUCGCGAGCACGCUGUAUGGGAACCGGAUCGAUCCUGACGACGUCUUCGUCUCAGACGGCGCUAAGUGCGACAUAGGGCGGCUGCAGGUCAUGUUCGGCAAGAACGUGGUCACGGCUGUCCAGGACCCGUCCUAUCCCGUGUACGUGGACACGGCGGUGAUCAUGGGGCAGACGGGCCUGAUCAACGAGCAGAGUCGCCAGUUCGACGGCAUCGUCUACAUGCCCUGCAACCCCGGCAACGACUUCUUCCCCGACCUGGCCGCCCUCCCCCAGCGCCCGGACGUCAUCUACUUCUGCUCCCCCAACAACCCGACCGGCGUGGCGGCGACCAGGCCCCAGCUGGAAGCCCUCGUCUCCUACGCCCGGGAGCAAGGCAGCGUCAUCGUCUUCGACGCCGCCUACGCGCCCUUCAUCCGGGACCCGAGCCUGCCUAAGGGAAUCGCGGGAAACAUCUCGAAGAGCUGA